GGUGCAGAGGACUCUUCCGGCGUCGGGCCGCCUUCCCUGCCGCCUCCUUGGCGUGGAUGCUGCGGCUCGGCUCCGGGGUGAGGAAGCUGGGGACAGGACCCGGUGCUCGGGCUGCUGCCCGGCUCCCUCUGGGCACCGAGAUGCCUAAGAAAGCUGGUGCAACGAACAAGGGUAAAAGCCAGAGCAAGGAAGCAGAGAGACCAGUUCCUCCCUCAGGUCCUGUGGCAGUUGAUCCCAAAGGUUGCGUCACCAUAGCCAUCCAUGCCAAACCUGGUUCCAAACAAAAUGCUGUGACAGAUUUGACAGCCGAGGCUGUGAGUGUAGCUAUUGCAGCACCUCCGACAGAAGGAGAGGCUAACGCCGAGCUUUGUUGGUAUCUUUCCAAAGUCUUAGAGCUCAGGAAGAGUGAUGUGGUUUUGGAUAAGGGUGGUAAAUCUCGUGAAAAAGUGGUGAAGCUUUUGGCCUCCACAACUCCGGAAGAGAUCUUGGAGAAACUGAAAAAGCAAGUUGAAAAAAAAUAAAAGCAAGAAAUGAAAAGUACACCCUUGAGAAACUUUUUUAUUGCUAAUGAUGAAAAGACUGUUAAAAAGGAAAAUAUAUUUAAAGACACAGAAUGUGGAAAUACACAUAUAUUUAAUAAGAACAGGACACAAAAAAGAAGUAUGAAGAUUGAAAGUACUGUAUGUUGAAUUUAGGUUCUAAAAUCCCUGAUCCCAAACAGCUUGGGACAUGUUACUCUGAUUUCAUGGUGUUACAAAAUAACAGAGCUGGAAAGGAUAUUUAAGAUGACCUGAUUCAGCCCCUUUCAUUUUGUCAUGGGGCUUCUGAUGUCCAGAAUUUGAGUGUAUUCAGGAUCACAUGGUGUAAGAUGGCAACUAGAACCUAGACCCCUUGGCUCCCAGUUGAAUGCAGUUUAUCCCAAUUGUAAAUUAAAAUAUUUCCACAGCACUACUGGAAUUCUGGGGAUGGCCUUCUAAUCCAGUUUACAAGUGACAGAGGAAGACCUGUCACUGCUUCGUAGUGUCACUUUGUAUUUUAAAAUGCUUAUGUAUUUUAUUAUGUAAAAUGCAAAAUUUUUUUCUGUGUUUUUUAAAAAUUCUGUUGACCAUUUUGUUAAAAAGUAAAUAAGAAUAAUCAAGGCUUGUAAUUUAGGGAAUUCCCCGGCAGUCCAGUGGUUAGGACUCGGCGCCUUCAUUGCCAGGGCCCUGGUUCAGUCCCUGGUUGGGGAACUAAGAUUCUGCAAGCCAUGCAAGACACAGCCAAAAAAAAAAAAACAACUUGUAAUUUAACGUUAAUUUUCAUUUUUGAGAAGUCAUGAAUUUUCUUCCUCCUUGGAUGGUAACUGCAGUCAUCAAAUCUGGUAGUUCUUAAGAAUCUCCUAGGGGCUUCCCUGGUGGCGCAAUGGUUGAGAGUCUGCCUGCCAAUGCAGGGCACACGGGUUCGAGCCCUGGUCUGGGAAGAUCCCACAUGCCGCGGAGCAACUAGGCCCGUGAGGUGAGCCACAACUACUGAGACUGCGCGUCUGGAGCCUGUGCUCCGCAACAAGAGAGGCCGUGACAGUGAAAGGCCCGCACACCGUGAUGAAGAGUGGCCCCUGCCUGCCGCAACUAGAAAAAGCCCUCUCACAGAAACGAAAGACCCAAUACAGCCAAAAUAAAUAAAUAAAUAAAUAAUAAUUUAAAAAAAAAGAAUCUCCUAAGAUCCUCAAAAGAAGACAAGAUCUGGAAGCUAUUCAGUAUUUGUAAAAACCUAUCAAAAGUCAUAUCUAUAUUGAACUUCAAAAGCUAAUAAUAAAUAUCUUGGUUUUAAA